AUGCAAGGCCACAACAAUUUUGCACUGUCGACUUCCUAUAACACUUCGAAAUCGAAUCAUGUCAGGUCAAAAGUCUUACACAACGUCAGUGACAACAUUACAGACGGCAUGGAACAGCUGGCAUUUGUCUCGGGAGUCACUGUCUCAGGAAUUGCCGUUCACUCUCACCCCACGCCGUACCAAACCAAAUCACACAAUCGCGAUGCGCAGGUUGUCAAUAAGGAGAACUUCUACGUUGAUAACAGCUGA